AUGGAGUUGCCCAACCAUGCCAAGCAGCUGCUUUUGCAGCUGAACCAGCAGCGGGCCAAAGGCUUCCUCUGCGACGUCAUCAUCGUGGUGGACAACGCACUCUUCCGGGCCCACAAGAACGUCCUAGCUGCCAGCAGCAUAUAUUUCAAGUCCCUCGUCCUGCAUGACAACCUCAUCCACCUGGACACAGACAUGGUCAGUCCCACGGUUUUCCGCCAGGUCCUGGAUUUCAUCUACACAGGCAAGGUGCUCCCCAGCGAGCAGCCAUCAGAGCCCAACUUCAGCACGCUCCUCACCGCCGCUAGCUACCUCCAGCUACCAGAGCUGGUCGCUCUGUGCCGCCGGAAGCUCAAGCGGGCAGGGAAACCCUUCGGCUCUGGCCGAGCCGGAGUCCCAGGAAUGGGCCGGCCAGCCCGCGGCCAGCGUCUGUCCACUGCCUCGGUCAUCCAGGCCCGGUACCCAGCGGCCUCAGAGAAUCGCAAGGCCGUGCAUCCUCCCAAAGAGCUUCCUCAGUCCAAGGGCUCGGAUGAUGAGCUUUUCCUUGGGGGCCCGGGCCAGGAGAACUCACAUCCCCUGGGCCGAAUCAGCUGCAAGAACGGCGGGGAAGGGGCCAGCUGCGGGGGCUCCAGUGGGAACAGUGGUGGCAGUGAACAGGAGCUGGGCCUGGACCUGUCCAAGAAGAGCCCCCCCUUACAGCCCCCGGCCCCUGGCCCCCUGCUCGGCCCCGAUGACCUCGGCCAGCUCAGCGACAGCCAGCACGGCUCCCCUGCACCAGCCUCCACCAACAGUGCCUCUUACGCAGAGCCUGGUGGCCCCCCGGAAGACCCCAUGGAGGUGGAGGGGGCGGGGCCCCCUGAGGAGAACCACUUAGGGCUGCUGGAAGGGCCAGGGGGCCAGCCUCGCAAGAGUCUGCGGCAUCUGGCUCGGAAGAAGGAGUGGAGCAAAACAGAGGCCGUGGCCUGUGCCUCGGCUGGGGGCAAGAGCUGCUGCCCAGGGGACGAGGACGAGCUGGAAGACGGGCUCCCCAAUGGCAUCUUGGGAGCAGGUGGGGCGCCCUACGGGGACCCGCCUUACCCUUGCAAGGAGGAGAUGGAGAAUGGCAAGGAGCUCAGUGAAGAGAGUGGGCAGAGUGAGGGCGAGGGUGCCGGGGGCCCUGCAGGGUCUGGCGGCGCCAACUACGUGUACCGCCAGGAGGGCUUUGAGGCGGUGCCCUAUGGAGACAACCUGUAUGUGUGUAUCCCCUGUGGCAAAGGUUUCCCCAGCUCCGAGCAGCUCAACGCCCACGUGGAGACGCACACGGAGGAGGAGCUCUUCAUCAAGGAGGAGGGCGCCUACGGGGGCGGCCCAGCGCCUGAGGAGGAGGCCGAGGACCUGUCGGCCCCCAGCCCGGCCUAUGCCACCGAGCAGCGCCCCUUCAAGUGCUCGGGCUGUGAGAAGAGCUACAAGGACCCGGCCACGCUGCGGCAGCACGAGAAGACACACUGGUUGACGCGGCCCUUCCCCUGCAACAUCUGCGGCAAGAUGUUCACCCAGCGUGGCACCAUGACCCGCCACAUGCGCAGCCACCUGGGCCUCAAGCCCUUCGCGUGCGAGGAGUGCGGCAUGCGCUUCACGCGCCAGUACCGCCUGACGGAGCACAUGCGUGUGCACUCGGGCGAGAAGCCCUACGAGUGCCACCUGUGCGGCGGCAAGUUCACCCAGCAGCGGAACCUCAUCAGCCACCUGCGCAUGCACACCUCCCCCUCUUAG